AUGGUUCUUACAUUCAUCUACGCAUUGUUAUUGGUAUUGGGAGGCGUCAUUGGAUACCUCAAGGCUGGCAGCACUAUGUCACUGGUGAUGGGUGUCGCCUCUGGUGCUGCAGUGGCAUACUGUGCAAUGCUCGAGAACAGAAAGCUUGGAAACCAAUUGAUAUUGGUGAUUGCAUCUGGACUGUUGGUGUUCAUGGGAAUGCGUUUCUACAACUCUGGCAAGUUCAUGCCAGCUGGUUUGGUGACAGUCAUGUCAGCUGUUAUUGUUGUCCGUUCAUACAUGGCACUUUAA